AAUACAAAACGAAACGAGGGCCCCACCUAUUAUCACCUAAAGUAGUAUGACCAGCACGCACUCGACAGUAGUCAUUCUUUGCCCAAGUCUCGUCCAGUCAACACCACGGCUAACAGCACGUGAGUAGCUGAGGGCGUGACAAACAAGCGUUGCUACAAGGGGGAGAAGGUCAUGCUUCGUACAGCGACGCUCAGUGUGUGCCGGGCGUGGGGCGGCGUCUCCCUGAGGGCGCCCGCCGCCACCAUCACCACGAGCACGCGCGUCGAUCACUUCGUCUCCGAGACCUCGUUCACCCUCGCCGAGCCCGCCGACGAGCAGGCUUUGAUGUGGAGGUUCCCGGCGGACGACAGGACGCAGGCCAUGAUGGUGAGUGUGGAGCACGGCCUGAGCCAGACCAGCACCAUCACCCUCAACUCCAAGGCGCCCAUCACCCCUGACCUGAUGGAGGCGGCGCUCGGCCACGUCUACGACAAGAUCGCGUCACUCAGACUGUGCCUCCGACAGCGUCAAGGGCAGCUGUGGCUCGCUGACAUGCCGCAACGCAAGCUGGAUUUUCAGGUGGUAAGCGGAACAGACUUUGAGGAGGAACAUGCCGCCAUAGAAAAAUCACCGUUCAACCUCCACGAGGGGCCGCUGUGGAAAGCUCGGCUCAUGCCGUGCCCUGCCGACGCUCCUUGUGCUUUCCCCGAGGUGAAGGCAGCCUUCCCACAUCACUGUCACCUCUUCGUAUCCGCCAACCACGCAUUCAGUGACGGCGUGGUAAUGAUAACAAUGAAGAAUCUACUUCUCGGCAUCCUCGACAGCCUCCUCGAGGGCUCGCCCGUAGACACCACGCCGGUCGGGGAGCUCCGUGACAGCGUGGAGGUCAGAGAAGAAGAAAAGAGGAUUAAGGCCGAACUGGAAAGUGAUCCUGAGAGGCUUACGGAGGCCCUCAGAAAACUUUCAAUGAGCAAACAUCUUCCCCUGCUCAUGGAAGCUUAUGGCGUCCCAAAUGAAGCACACGAAGCAAAUCAAUCUACGAAGUAUCUGCAGCCGGUGCUCCUCGACAAUCAGAUGAUAGAGAAGAUCGCCGCCAAGUCUCGCUCCAUUGGCGCCACCCUCAACUCCUGCUUCAUUGCUGCCUUGAACGUGUCCAUGAUGGAGUUGGCGCGCGAGGGGGGGUUGGAAAGAGACGUUUAUAACCUUUCCACAAGACACCCCGUCGAUAGCCGCCGACUAAUGAAGGGCGUUAAGAGCCUUCCCCUUGGCUUCCACGCCAUGCCCAUCUCGCAGUACACCUCCACGCCACGUGAUGUAAAGAAAGACUUCUGGCAGUACUUGCAGCGCCUGGACACCGAGCUCCGCGAGAAGCUGAGCAAAAACUACAUGUGUGAACAGAGGGUGCUGGAGGCGAUGCUGAAGGCGCAGGGAUUCACGCUCGAGGCUACGUCCAGUCAAUCUCCGCCUGUCUAUGACUGUGACUACAUUUUCUCAAACCUUUACUCUCCGAAGGCCUCUCCACAGCAAGGCGUGGGCAAAAAUGUUCAAAUAACAAUGGAGGGCAACUACAUGAGCGUUCAAAGCGAGAAAAUUGCUGUGGGACAAGCUUUGUUCUCCUCCCGCGGCAAGGCCCGCCUCCAGGCCGCUUACUCCACAGCGGCCAUUACCAGGAGUGUGGCUGAGAGGAUUCUUCAGAAAAACGUCGCCAUGCUUCAUGAUAUCUCCAGAAUGGUGGAUUAAUGGUAACUGUUCUCCUGAGGAGUUAUGGCUUAGUAGUGAAAAGCCUUAUCUAGCCUUACUAUGACGUGAGUUGACGUUGACAAUUCGAAUGUUUUGAUUAACUUGUAAUGACCCGCCCGACGCGGAAAAGCCCCCAUAAUCCCGCUUGGCAGUGGGGCGCCGAGCCCUCCACCCGGAGGGCAGGGCGCGUGCCUUCCGCCUGGCUGGUGGAGAGUUCGGUAACCGGCGUCGGAGUUUCAUAUUUCCUCCUUCUCGGACUAAAUCAGUUUAGUGUUCCGUGACACUGAGAUGUCGUGUUUGAUGAAAAGUGCCUUCCAUCAGACACAUACAAAAGCUGAUACGAUAGGUCAAAGGUAGUAUCGGCUAAGUAGUGAUUGGCCUUACUAUGACGAGGAAUGACGCUGAUGUUCCGAAUGACUUCGACAAGUAUUUGUAUUGUGACGUAGGUUACCCAAGCUUAGUCUAUGGAACAGCCUUCGAGUCUUCGUCGCUUCGGUCCGGCAGGUUCUUCUUUCAGGUUCAGUGUUACAAUAACUUGAACGUCUCCAAAUUCCUUUACACUAUACUUGCACUUCUUUGCAUGGUGAUUCUUGCUGGAUUGAGGUAUUUACUAGCGGAAAAUUCACAAAAAUGACCAGACCAGCAUACUUGAUUUGUUUUAGAUCACACUGAUACUUUCCGGCUAUCAAAGUUUACUCUUAAGCGUUAUUCUUUUUCAAAGUUUCUUGCUCGACUCUCGCUACUCGGCACUAAUGCUGUCGCAGCUCGCCCACUCCGCUAUUGUAGCAAACUGUCCAUUGACUUUUGUAGACUCACCUAACAAGACUAUUUCCAGAGAGAGACGGACUGAAUGUAGCUACCAGGCGGCGAGAGGCCGUGGGCUGCUCCACCGGCUGGGCCGCGUGUUGACCGAGACCCCGCAGCGGCCGGGCUCGUUUUCACAUAAGUGGUACUGUAUGUAUACAAGCGACGGCUGUGGUGGCAGCUGUGACGCAAGACUCCUUUCCACACCGAUUCAUGCUGCGUCAAUUCAGAAAGAAUUAUGUUUGUUUGCAGGACAAUAAUUUUCUUUGUAGCAUUAGCAGAUUUUUUUUUCUUUUUUUUUAAGUAUAGUUUAAUUGAAGGAACUUUCUCAUUACACCCGAGGGAGAAGCAGGCGGGUUGUGGCCCUCACGAACCUCCACAACAGCCAGACGCUGCUUCUGGAGCUAAAAGACUGUCGAGCAUGGAUACUGUCCGAUGAACCAAGACCCAUAGAAGACAGGAACAAACCGCGCCCUCCUACCCCGCGUGCUGCUGACGUCAGGUGCCCUUCACAUAGCUCCGCUCCGCACUGUCAUACACUGGAAUUUUCCAUCUAUAGGUUAUUAUCAGCAUUUCCAGUAAUAUUAUCACCCAGUUAUAUUACACAUUUAUUUUCUUUUAUUAUUGUACAUUAUUUGUGAAAACAAUUAAUUACAAAGGUUGGAAGUAUGAACAAAAUUACGCGCACUUUCAUAUUUUGUAAGUAAAGUCACACCAGGGUGACAACUGGUUAAGAACUAUGAAUUAUGUUCAUUAUAUUUACCCGUGACAUCUCAAGUAAUGGACGGCGGACUCUUGAUUUUGCAACGCCCUUGUCUUUAAGCCGCGAAUUUUGGAAAAUCAACCACUUUGGUGCGAAUCGCCAUAACUCCCUUAUUUCUGGGGCUACAAAAAUGUUUUUGGUAUCAAUCGACGGCAAAAUAGAAGGGCUAUGUUUUUAAUAAGCGACCGGGCUCAAAAACCGACUCUAAAGGGUAAAACAUCGAAUAAAAAUCGACUCUGAAAAAAAAUUGAGUUCCCAACCUUGAAACCCACUCAUUUUUUUAGAAUUUUAAAAAUCUUAAUUAACAAAUAAUUUAGCCCUACCGAUGUGCUUUCCAAUAUGAUGCAUAACAUUUCCCUACUCCCAAUAGUUUCGUCGCUAGAGCUCGAAACGUAAACCCUUUUGAGAGCGAUUUUGACGAACUCCAGACACUGCCAUUUUUGUCUAGUGUGGCAUUGCUAUUGCCUCUAGAAGGCUGUAAUUUAGCAUGUAGCCUCUCUUGGCAAUGUAGUUUGACCAGCUCGAAGGAUUUUUUGAUAGCUCGAUUCCAAGUUUGUCGUCGAGCCGUCACAAAAUAGCCUGUUUUCGGCCCUUUUGCCGUCGAUUGAUACCAAAAACAUUUCUGUAUCCCCAGAAAUAAGGGAAUUAUGGCGAUUCACACCAAAGCGGUUGAUUUUCCAAAACUCACGACUUAAUGACCGGGCUGGGCCAAGUGUCCGGUCCAUAGUGUAGGGUUCACUGUAUCUACACAUCAAUUAAAGAUACAUCUACUUUACCAUUUUUGUAAUUUUAUUCGUAACUUUUCUUAUUAAUGAUGUUAAACUGAAUAAAUUCCUCUUCAUGAUACGAAUUCCCCCAAAAAUGUUCUUCAACGAACAAAGUAUGUGAUGACUUCAUGAAGUAAUGACACAAGCUAGGAAAUGUCUGAAACAGGCCCUGCCAUCACUCCCUUACCAGGUUUAAGAGACUACAGCCGCCUGUGGAACCAGCUUGUUCGCCACACCGACCUCCACCAUCGCGCGUCACUUCAAGACUUCAAGCGGGAGGUGAACAGCUGGAUUAGGACUUCUAGGCAGUAAUUCAAUGUGUGUCUUGUAUGUAGCUAUAGAUAGAUGAAGAUUAAAACUUUCAACUUUAGCACAAUCUUCUGUAAGCCCUGUUUAUAAAGAGAGAGAGAGAGAGAGAGAGAGAGAGAGAGAGAGAGAGAGAGAGAGAGAGAGAGAGAGAGAGAGAGAGAGAAUAUAUGAGGUACAUUAAUUCUUAGCAGGUGUCACCAGCGAUAGGGUCACAGGGCCCACGAAGCUUGAGCUAUUCUUUCAAGUAUCGUAAAUUACCUGUGUUUCUCUGGGACUGGUAACAUUUACACUUCAAUCCAAUAAGUGAGAUUAUUGUUAAUAAAAGUGUAGCUGAUCA